AUGUGCGUUGAGUGCAAGCGGUCAUUGGCCCCCAAGGCCUUUUCGCGCCACCAACAAUUGAAGCCAAAUCCCAAGUGCAAGGCCUGCGUGGAUAAAGCGAAGGUGGAAGGUGAGACCCAGCCGCGCCUCAAAUGCUGCGUACAUUGUUUCCAAAGUCUCCCCAAGUCGAGCUUCUCCAAGCGACAGGCUCAGCUGCUGGAUGCCAAGUGUAAGACGUGCGUAGACGAGCUGGAACGCGCCGCUGCUUCGUCAUCAGCGCAUGUUGCUAGCAAGUGGAAGUUCGACCAAUACUAUCGUGUAUGUCAUCGCGGCAAAAGUGGAGGUGUGUCAGUGCGCCUGAAGCACAACAUCGCAUCCCCUCUGUUAGGUUACAUCCCUCUUGGUCGCGUAUUCCGUGCUACGGCUCCCAUUUGCAACGAGCAAGGCGACCCAAUGGUGCGAUUAGAGGGUUCUCACCUCCCUAAUUGUGUUGUGCGAGGCGAUCCUAAUGGGGCUGGCAAAGAAGAUGAUGGGGUGGAGCGGCAAGUAAAAGAGGCAUGGAUACCCUGCCGCUCUAUACGCAAUGAAAUCCUACUGGAAUCUCAUCAAGGGCCAUACACCUGUGACGGCCUCAAUGAACGAACUAGCAGGUUCUUCCGCUGUGUUGUAGAAGGCUGCAAGGUUCGGGAGUCUGCCGAUCUGACACUAUCAGAGCUUGGCUACGUGCUCUACGGCGACGUUGUUGAAGUGGUAGAGUCCACUGUGGCUCCAGAUGGAGUCGUGUUCCUUAGACUACACGAAAGAUACUUUGAUGGCGCGGCGUGGGUUGUCGAGCGCUCACUAGACAACGAGUCUGUGCUCAACGAGGUCGAAGGUCCGUGGACUUCAUCGCUAUCUACACCCAGGAAUGAAACAUAUCGCUGUGUCCAAGACUCGGGUGCUCCUGUUCGUAUGGAACCAGAGUUGACAGCAGCACCAGUGGCGCCAGGUCUUUCUCCGGGUCGUCGACUUUAA